CUUCAACCUCCUUAAUUAUAAUAAUAUAACUAAGAUAUAAAACUAGGCUUCUAAAGAAAUGGACAACACUUGUCCUUCGGAAAUAAUGUCUUUCCUUGGAAACAUAGCAGUCUGCAGGGAAGAGAUCAGAACAGCGGUAUUAAAGGGUACUAAAGAUCAUCAAGCUGGGAGUAGUACUAAUUUAUAUGAUCAUUCCAUGGAGAUUAGCAAGGUGCCUUUUUCAGCACUGGAGAAUAAUAAACAAGACUUGCUUUCCACAAGAAAGAAUCAAGUUGACCGGGAGGAUCAGCAGCUAAAUUUUUCUGAAGCUGAAAUGGGCGAGGUUAAAGAAGAAAAUGAAAGGUUAAAGAUGUUACUAGCACGAGCGUCAAAGGAUUACAAAUCCCUCCAAAUGCAUUUCUUUGACAUUCUUCAUCAAGAAAAAAUCAGGUGCACAGAUAGUACAGUUUGUAGCCACCAGGAAAAGGAUGAACUUGAACUUGUCUCCCUCAGCCUUGGGAUGACGUCAACUGAUGCAGUCAGAAAGGAUGAAACAAAGAACCGCAAUUUGAGUAAUGGCCGCCAGGAGGAUCAGAAAUUUGAUGGAAAACUUUCACUGGGGUUGGACUGCAGAUUUGAACCAAGUUCAAUUUCAACCGUGAACAGAAGGAAUUCCAGCUCCAUUAACAGCUUUGAAGAACUGAAGGAAGAGGAGCCCACUGAAAUUGGGCCACCGAGUAAACUUUUAAAGACUCUGAAAAAUGCAGAUGAUCAAGUCUUACAACGUCAGAGUCCAUUGAAGAAAGCUAGGUUUUCUGUCAGAGCUAGAUGCGACACCCCAACUAUGAACGAUGGAUGUCAAUGGAGGAAGUAUGGACAGAAGAUAUCAAAAGGGAAUCCAUUCCCGCGGGGAUACUACCGCUGCAAUGUCUCAUCAUCUUGUCCAGUGAGAAAGCAGGUGCAAAGAUGUGUUGAUGACAUGUCUAUCUUGAUCACUACAUAUGAAGGAAAGCACGACCACCCGCUUCCAAUUUCAGCAACUGCCAUGGCUUCCACCACUUCUGAUGCUGCUUCUACGCUUCAAUCCCGCUCAUCGAGCUCACACGAUGAAGCUCUGAUCGUUACCUCAGCUAUUGCCCCCAUAUCCACCUCCAGUACUCCUAGUACUACUCUCCGUGGAUUUAACUUCAAUCUCUCGCAAAGUACUUCAAGACCACAACAAUUCUAUAUUCCAAACUCUUCGAUCUCAACAUCAAAUUUACACCCAAGUUCAGCAACUGUUGACCUCACCACUGCACCAUCCACCUCUCGGCCUUUUGGCUGGUUUUCUUCUAGCUUCUCAUCUGUACCACGAUAUUCAUCAACGGGUCUCAAUUUUUCCUCAUCAUCUUCCUCUUCUUUAGAGCCUAACACCCUACAAACACAUUGGAAUGGUCAUACUGGCUACAACGGAACAUUGGCUUACAAUAUAAAUCAUAUCGGGCAUCCGUAUUUGAACACUACUGGCCGAAAGCAACCCUUCCAAGAAGAUUUGUACCAACCUUAAUUACAUGAUGAGCAGUCAAAAUGCUUCUCAGCAGCCUUUCAAAGAAAGUAUAGUAUCGGCAACCAAGGCAAUCACAUCAUACCCGAAAUUGUAGUAAGUUAUAGCCGCAGCACUCGCAUCAUAUGCUGGUGGCCGGAGUUGAAGUGUGAUGAAUCCCAUGAAUCCUAUCUACUCUGGCCAAUGGCAUAGGGUGUGGGCCAAGCUACUUGAACAAAUCUUCCUCUUUAAAUUCUACACGUACAGCAAGGUGGUUCUGCUCUGUUCCCAUCUUCAUUUCAACACUAUUCUGUAUCUAAAAGUUCUUCCGCGACUUCUGCUGACGUACAAUAGGGACAAUUUCAAGUUCUGAGUGUAAGAUUAGUGCUAUCUUUAAUGAUCAAUAUUUUAGCUAUUUGUGAAACGAGCUAGGCUUGCUGUUUGGGUUUUCUAGAUCUUGUGCGUAAUGAAGUCUAUACACGGUUGGUAGAAAUAUUUCAUAUAUAUUUUGACUCCUUUUUUUGGUUGUAACAUUAAUUAUGCAGUUUGAUCUUA